UUUGAGGUCAUGUCAUCAACAAAAACUGUUUUGCCUGACGUUUUUAAGAAAGCUUGGGAACUGAUCAGUAAAAUUUUUUGGAGCCUGGCUGCUGUCAUCGCAAUUUCAUUCAUUCCUUUCUGCGGACUACUGGAAGUGUUAAUAUAUUUUGGUGUUUACGCCGGAAUGGCAUAUGGUGUCAUAGCGUUGACCGGAAUACUUGUGACUCUUUACCAAGCUAUCAACUGCAAAUGGGUUAUGGGAUUGCUCACUAAGGAUGUAAUAAUAUUUGACGUAUUUGUUAUAUGCAUGGAUUACACUCCGUUUGUAGUGGCUGUUUCGGUAGUGAUGUUAUGUCAUCUAAUAAACAUCAAAAGAGAGCUCUUUCAAUUUAUUAUCAAAAUCAAGGAAAAAGCCGAAUAUGAAGAAGUUGCAAAGGAAAAAUUGGUUUUGUACCACAAGCAUCACCACGAGCCAAAUUACACGUUUAACUGUGACAAUGAUCAUUGAUAACUUGAAUCGUUUCAUCAAA